GGCAAAAUCUGUCGUUUUCCUUCUCAAGAGAGAGAGCUAAGGUCUCAUGGCGAACCAGUUUCUCCUUCGUUUUCCUCUAAUGCCUCUUCUUCACUACAGUUUCUCCUUCUCCCGAAACGGCGCCGUUUAGUAGCGUCCCUCCGUGGAAUGCAAUAACUUCUUUCUUUCUUCUAAAUCUGCCGAUUGAAUCUCACAACGACGCCGUUUUAAGAUUCUAUAGACGAAAAUUAAAGACAAAGGAGGUGAGUUUCAGAGUUUUGACAAUGGAGCAUUACGAGGUACUUGAGCAGAUUGGGAAAGGUUCCUUUGGGUCAGCUCAUCUUGUGAGACAUAAGCAUGAGAAGAAACUGUAUGUGCUGAAGAAAAUCCGGCUUGCUCGGCAGACUGGUAGGACAAGAAGAUCUGCUCAUCAAGAGAUGGAGUUGAUUCGAAAGAUAAACAAUCCAUUCAUUGUGGAGUAUAAAGAUUCUUGGGUUGAAAAGGGAUGCUAUGUGUGCAUUAUCAUAGGCUAUUGCAAAGGAGGAGACAUGGCGGAAGCUAUAAAGAAAACGAAUGGUGUACAUUUCUCUGAAGAGAAACUCUGCAAAUGGCUUGUUCAGCUCUUGAUGGCUCUUGAAUACUUGCAUGCCAAUCACAUUCUCCAUCGCGAUGUCAAGUGUUCAAACAUAUUCUUAACUAAGGAUCAAGAUAUACGUCUAGGUGAUUUUGGACUUGCCAAGGUCUUAACAUCAGAUGACCUCGCAUCUUCAGUGGUUGGAACGCCAAGCUACAUGUGCCCCGAGUUACUAGCUGAUAUACCCUAUGGGUCCAAGUCUGAUAUUUGGUCGCUUGGGUGUUGUAUGUAUGAGAUGACAGCUAUGAAGCCUGCAUUCAAAGCUUUUGACAUGCAAGGACUAAUAAACAGGAUUAACAGAUCAAUCGUUCCUCCACUUCCAGCGCAAUAUUCUGCUGCAUUCCGGUGUCUGGUGAAAAGCAUGCUUCGGAAAAAUCCGGAACUCAGACCAAGCGCUGCUGAGCUUCUCAGACAACCGUUGCUUCAGCCGUAUAUCCAGAAGAUUCAUCUGAAAGUGAACGAUCCAGGAAACAACGUGUUGCCUGCACAGUGGCCAGAAUCUGAAUCCGCCAGGAGAAGCAGCUUUCCUGAGCAGAGAAGGCGUCCUGCACGCAAAAGCAAGAGCUUCGGUCCAAGCAGGUUUAGGGGUAACCAGGAAGAUUCUGUUUCUUCGAUUAAAAAACCUGUGCCUGCAGCAUAUUUGACUCGUGAAAGGCAAGUGGAAUUUUCUACAGAUGAGAGUGGUGAUGGAACGGUUGUUCGUAGAGUCUCAGAGGCUUCUAAAAGUUCUAAACAUGUUCCAGCGAGAGCUUUGGCCUCACCUGUGCGUGGCCGUGGACAACUUCCUGUUUCGUCACAGCAUACCAAACCAAAAUCAGCGGCUUUGAUUCGUAGAGCCUCCAUGCCUAUCUCAAGAAAGCCUGUAAAAGAAAUCAAAGACUCUCUUUACAACUCGAAAACCAGUAUUCUCCACCAGAUAAAAUCUCCUGACGUAUCAAUGAACGCACCAAGAAUCGACAAGAUUGAGUUUCCGCUAGCGUCAUACGAGGAAGAGCCAUUUGUUCCGGUUGUGCGUGGGAAGAAGAAGAAGAAAGCAUCGUCUAGAGGUUCAUACAGCCCACCUCCAGAGCCACCACUAGACUGCUCAGUCACGAAAGACAAGUUCACCCUUGAACCAGGCCAAAACUUUGAAGGAGUGAUCAUGAAGGCGGUGUAUCAGUAUGAAGAAGCAUACCCUGAAAACAGGAGCGAGUCAUCUGAUCAGAAUGCAACUGCUGGAGCAUCAAGCAGGGGUUCGUCUGGUGUAAGAAGACAAAGAUUUGAUCCUAGCUCUUAUCAGCAACGAGCCGAGGCGUUGGAGGGUUUGCUCGAGUUCAGUGCGAAGUUGCUUCAAGAUGAGAGGUACGAUGAGCUGAAUGUCUUGCUGAGACCAUUUGGUCCAGGGAAAGUCUCACCUAGGGAGACGGCUAUUUGGUUGUCCAAGAGCUUCAAGGAAACUACUAAGCUGGAAGAUUGAGAAAGGAAUCAGUCUAAUUCUAACAUGUUGCAACGUGAGAAAAACUUCCACUUUUGACUGUUGUUUGAUCAGAAGAUGUCCAGAAAAUUGUUUCAAGUUAACUACUUAGGCUUGUGUUCUAGAAUGAGUAGCUAACCUCUCUGUAUCUGCUACAUUUGUUCAAGAAAUUACAACUCUCAUUGUCAGUUUGAUGCUUA